AGCAGACUUGGACACACCCCUAGCAGAAGAUGACCUGCCUGAUGACAAUGAGUCUGUGGAUGAAGAGGAAAAUGAAGAUGAUGAAGUAUUACAGGAAGCUGUUCCACGCUUACCCCGUUGGAGAACACCCCACAGUGCCAAUAUCACUGACUACCCAGAAUGGCAGGCCAGUCUUCCAAAAUCAGAUCAUAUCAAUUCCCCCUACAAAUACUUCAAGAUGUUUUUUUCUGAAGACAUUCUGGAACUAGUUGUAGAGCAGUCAAAUUUAUAUGCCAUUCAGUGUGACACCAACAAGCCCCUUAACCUCGCUAAAAAAGAACUGGAACAAUUUAUGGGUACAGCAGUAUACAUGUCAUUGUUUGGAUUACCAGGCACCCGCAUGUUUUGGAACAAAGCCACCCGAGUGUCCCAGGUAGCUGACACCAUGGGACUAAACAGAUGGGAGUUCAUUAAAAAAUCCCUGCACUUCAACAACAAUGAGGUGAGACAACAAGAAAAUAUUGAUCCACUCCACAAAAUCCGACCACUGGUCACUCAUCUUACCUCAAAGCUGCAGACAAUACCAAUGAGUGAGAAGUUGGCUGUAGACGAGCAGAUGGUCCCAUUCAAGGGAAGAAAUACACUCAAGCAAUACCUGCCAGCUAAGCCAAAGAAAUGGGGCUACAAGAUAUUCAUCUUGGCUGGCUCUGAUGGUGUCCCGCACAAUUUUGAGAUUUACACAGGGAGAGUUGUGCAACCACCUGAGCUGCCAGAUGUAGGAGCAAGUGGCAAUGUUGUCCUCCGUCUGGCCCAGCCAAUACCCAGACAGCAGAACUACAAGGUGUUCUUUGACAACUGGUUCACGAGUGUCCCUCUCAUUCUCACACUUGCUCAGCAGGGAAUUCACUGUACUGGUACUGUUCGUAGCAACAGACUACCAGGUGUCAACUUGAUGUGUGAUACUGAGUUGAAGAGAACUGGGCGUGGAUCUUUUGAACAGAAGAUGGCCACGGUUGGCGAAACCACCUUGCAUGCCUUGAAAUGGUAUGAUAACCGUUCAGUCAGUCUUCUCAGCAAUUACAUUGGAGCACACCCAGUCACCGACGUUGAUAGGUGGGAUGCCAAGCAGAAAAAAAUCAUCAAAGUUCCCUGUCCUGCUGUGGUGAGAGAGUACAAUAAAAAUAUGGGUGGAGUGGAUCUGCUGGACUCCCUCAUUGCACUGUACCGCAACAAAAUCAGGUCGAAAAAGUGGUACCAUCGGCUGAUGUUCCACUUUAUCGACAUGACCAUCGUGACUGCCUGGCUGCUCUACAAGAGAGACUGCAGCAGCACUGGGAUGAGAAAACAGGAACAGAUGAGGCUUUAUACACUCAAGUCGUAUAUUGCAGAAAGCUUGUGCAAAAGUGGCAAGAAUCUGGAGCGCAAGAGAGGUCGUCCCAGUUCCACAAUUGCUGGGGAGUACGAAGAGAAGAGGAGAAGAGGACCCACUACACCUAUCCCAGUCCCUGAUGUGCGUCUGGAUGCCACAGCCCACUGGAUGGUCAUGGAUGAAAAGAAAGGGAGAUGCAAGGUACCAAGAUGCACAGGUACACCUAAAGCCAAGUGCCAAAAAUGUGACGCCCACCUUUGUUUCACAUCCACCAGCAACUGCUUCAUGAGGUUCCAUACAGAAUAA